AUGGUCCACGACUCCAAAUUCCCCGGUGACGAAGUGCCGCCGCUCCCACACUCCUCGACCUGGUUCUCGCACCUCGAAGACCUACAUACGCAAUCCUCCCAACACCGAAACACCAGCACUAGCCAGGCCCAAGCGCGACGAUCCCGCAAACGCGCCCACAGCGUUGACUCAGACGACAUCGCCAUCGAGCGCGAGCGCAUCUCGCUCAAAUGCCCACUCACGUUACUCGACUUCCGCGAUCCAGUUACCAGUACGAAGUGCCCACACAGCUUCGAACGUGCCGCAAUCACGGACAUGAUAUCGCGCAGCAACUCGUAUGCUCCCGCUGGUGGGAGCGCGGGUGGACGGCGUGUCCGCAUCGUCAAGUGUCCUGUGUGCGACAUCCCGUUGUCGCUGGCUGAUCUACGGGCUGAUCCUGUGUUGUUGCGACGGGUGCGCAGGGUGCAGGAGCGGGCGGGUGAUGAGGAUGAGGAUGGAGAUGGAGGCAGGGAUGAGAGUGCGAGCCAUGGCGGUCUGUUGCUUACAAGUGAUGGGCCCAAUGGAGGGGAUGAGGAUGUGGAUGUUGAUUUGGAUGGCGAGGAUCAGAGGGAGGAGAGGGAGAGCGCUGCUGCUGCUGCCGUUAGGAUCAAGUCGGAGCGGAGGAGUGUGGCCCCAGAGCAGAGAAGUGUGUCCUCGGAGCAGAUGAAGGUUGAAGGGAUGGAAGAUAGUAACGAUGAAGCAGAUGGAUCAUCGGAGGAGGAGGAUGGGAGGACGGACUCUUCGGACGAAUAA